UCCCCUUCAAUUCCAUAGUUUCCAUUUAAAUUCGCACCCACCUCCCACCAUCACUCCCACUCCCAAUCACCAAAAUGCCUUCCUCCGCACACACCCUCCUCCUCCUCUUCACCCUUUCCCUCUUCCACCUCUCCCUCCAAAAAAAGCCCCUCUCCCUCUCCUUCCCCCUCACCUCCGCCCCAAUCUCCAAAUCCCACCUAUCAUCAGCCAAACACCUCUCCUCCUCCUCAUCGCCGCCUUUCCCCUACACCUACAAAUCCCUCUUCCGUUACUCCAUGGCCCUCAUCAUCUCCCUCCCGAUCGGCACCCCGGCCCAGUCCCAGCAGAUGGUGGUCGACACCGGCAGCCAGCUCUCCUGGAUCCAAUGCCGCCGCCGUCCCUCAUUCGACCCCUCUCUUUCGUCGUCCUUCUCCGUCCUCCCCUGCACCCACCCCAUCUGCAAGCCCCGCAUCCCGGACUUCACCCUCCCCACCACCUGCGACCAGAACCGCCUCUGCCACUACUCCUACUUCUACGCCGACGGCACCCUCGCCGAGGGCAAUCUCGUCCGCGAAAAAAUCACCCUCUCCAAUUCCCAAACUACCCCUCCCUUGAUCCUCGGCUGCGCCGCCGCCUCCGCCCCCGACGCCGAGGGCAUCCUCGGCAUCAACCGCGGCCGCCUCUCCUUCGUCUCCCAGGCCAAAAUCCCCUCCUUCUCCUACUGCAUCCCCGUCCGCCGCUCCAUCUCCGCCGCCAACCCCACCGGAAUGUUCUACCUCGGCCACAACCCGAACUCUAGAACCUUCCGCUACAUCCCCCUGUUGACCUUCCCCCAGGGUCAACGCAUGCCCAACCUCGACCCGCUGGCCUACACCGUCCCCAUGUCCGGGAUCAGCGUCGGGAGGCGGAGGCUCAACGUGUCCGCCUCCGUGUUCCGCCCCGACUCGGGCGGGUCGGGGCAGACCAUGAUCGACUCGGGCACGCAGUACACUUUCCUAGUGGACGCGGCCUACCAAGUGGUGAAAGAGCACGUGGCGAGGGCGGUGGGGCCCAGGCUGAAAAAGGACUACGUGUACCAAGGGGCGCUGGACAUGUGCUUCGACGGGAAUGCGAUCGAGAUCGGACGGCUGAUAGGCGACAUGGCGUUCCAGUUUGAUGGAUCGGUGGAGAUCAGCAUCGGCAGAGAUCGGAUUCUGGAUCACGUCGGAGGUGGGGUCCACUGCGUUGCGAUAGGGCGGUCCGAGGCUUUGGGGGUUGCCAGUAAUAUUAUUGGCAAUUUCCAUCAGCGGAAUUUGUGGGUCGAAUUUGAUUUGGUCCGUCGACGGGUCGGCUUUGGAGUUGCGGAUUGUAGUAAAGCUGUAUAAUUUUUAAUUUUUUUUUUUUUGUAGUAGUAUAGUUUUUGUAGUAGUGGAGAGUGUAAUAUUAUUAGCCAAUAGUUUUGGGAGA